UGUCACGUGACGGUGACGUCAGUCGCGCUGCGUUACUGUGCGCCACUGAUGCAGGGGGAUCCAUCAUGGCGUCGAUGCAGAAAAGGUUACAGAAGGAACUGCUAGCCUUGCAGAAUGAUCCGCCUCCUGGAAUGACCCUAAAUGAGAAGAGCGUACAGAACACCAUCACACAAUGGAUUGUGGAUAUGGAAGGAGCCUCUGGUACUCUUUAUGAGGGGGAGAAAUUUCAACUUCUUUUUAAAUUUAGUGGUCGUUAUCCCUUUGACUCACCUCAGGUAAUGUUCACAGGAGACAAUAUACCCGUCCAUCCCCAUGUUUAUAGCAAUGGCCACAUCUGCCUGUCCAUCUUAACGGAGGACUGGUCACCAGCUCUUUCGGUGCAGUCUGUUUGUCUUAGCAUUAUUAGCAUGCUGUCUAGCUGCAAAGAGAAGAGGAGGCCUCCUGAUAACUCCUUUUAUGUACGGACGUGUAAUAAAAAUCCAAAGAAGACGAAAUGGUGGUAUCAUGAUGAUACCUGUUAAUAUGAACUUUCUAGAACUCCCGGAGGGAAGAAGUCCUACUGAACUAUAAAAGCACUUUUUGAAAUCAUAUGGUCUCUGAACUUUAACCUUGGACUCAAACUCAAGCAUGGACUCAGACCACAAACAUGGGAGAUGAUGUCAACUGUGUUACCGGUGGCCAGUUGGAUGCAUGUUUGGGAAAACUAAAAAACAGUCGAAGAAUGGAAAUACAUUUUUAAAGAGGAUGGAAACAUACCCGUCAAGGGUUGGUGUGGAAAAAUGUAGAUAAAUCCAUGAAAAAGGAUUUUUUUUUUUGUAGUGAGAUUAUUUCUAUCUUGGACCAUACAUAUUCCUGUUCAUUUUUGUCAUUGGUAUGUUAUAAGGUCCAUGUGUCUUGUGCAAUAACAAGGAUAGG